AUGAGUCGUAAUAUUUGGACCAGUUGUUGCAUUUUACUAGUCAUUGUAGUUCAAUCUGAAGCCUCCGGAAAAAUUCGCAGGAUCGUGGGAGGAUCCACCUUACCCAUUAAAAUCGUUCCAUAUCAGGUGUCGAUAGCGAUCCGAGGGGAGCUUCUAUGUGGUGGUUCCAUUAUUGCUCCAAAAUGGAUUCUCACCGCUGCCCACUGUCUGAUGGUGGUUAAUGAUAAUGUAAUGAUUGUACGAGUCGGAUCCGAUCAAUAUAGGCAUGGAGGAAUAGUACGAGACGUGCAGUGGUCCGUUAGCCAUCCGGGUUUCAAUCAUCCUGAAGGUCACAACGACAUCGGGUUGAUCUUGCUGAACGAAAUGCUGUACAACAAUGGACUGUGGAAAUGUGUUCUGUUGGCGCAACAAGGUCAACGACCGCUUGAGGGUGCAAUUAGUAUGGCAUCAGGCUGGGGGACUACAGCUGAUCCUGGGCAGAUAUCUGAACGGUUGAAAUAUACGUUUCUACCGGUGACGUCGAUGGAUAGUUGCCUGCAAAACUAUACCUGGAUUGGGUUGGAUAGGAACAAUCAUUUUUGCGCCGGGUACUUUGUGAAUCGCACUUGCACUUGCUAUGGAGAUUCAGGAGGCCCACUGGUGAUCGAUGGAUUGCAAUAUGGGUUGCUAUCUUUCGGUAAUGAUUGUAUCUUUGCGGAUGUAUUUACUAAUGUAGGGUCGUUUCGAAGCUGGAUAGAUGCGAUCGUGAUAAGAUAUUCGUUUCCUCAUGAAUUGCAAUGUCCAUAUUUUUCGUAA